AUGAAUGACUUUGGACAGCAAGGUAACAGUUGGCAUAUUGGUGUCAUAGAGUAUUAUGACUUUGAAGCGCUAUGUCAAGCCAAUGGCAAUACAGCCCAAGAAGUUCCCAUGAUGUUCCCACGUGAUCAAAUUCUUGAUACCGGGAAUAAACAAGACGGACUCUGUGUGUUGUCGAUGCUAGAAGCGAUGAUGAAAAUUGUCACAGUGCAGUUCCACUUUGUCAAGAGAAUUAUAUUGGCUAGUGACAAUGCCAAUUGGUAUCACAGUAAGGAACUGAUCUUCCCCAUCUGCUUUCUCAAUCAGCUAUCAAGCGGCCCAAAGAUUAUCAAGUACAUUCACCCUGAGACACAGGAUGGAAAGGGUUUGUGCAAUUCUCAUGCAGCGGUUGCUGGGACUCAUGUGGAUCGGCACUAUAUUUACACCCAAAAGGACAAUACGCUCACAAAGAACGAAGCUUGUAUGCCUACAGAACUCGCCAACGCAUUAUGUACCAAUGGCGCAAUCAAAAACUCUGGUAAGACAAUACGGUUCAGCUGGUCGAACUCAACUUCCAACGUCUUGACAAAAUUUCGCAAUUAUGUUUUGGCGCAGGUGAAGCUGCAAAAGGAUACUUUGCUAGAGCAAAUGAAAUCCGUUUUUUUUCCGGAUCUUGAUGGGCUUGCUAAUUGGUCCAGGCUUGAUUUGAACAAUGAAUCCACCUGGAGCUCAGCGCAACCCUUAGUACAAGUCAUCAAUUACUCCGGCAUAUCCGAAGGCAUGGUUUCUAGAGCUGGUUUCUCAGGCUGGAAGAACAACAAAGGCUCUUUCACCCCUGUUGUUGAUCCUUCCCAAGAGCCAGAUUGGUAUGAUAAAAUGGAAAUGUCCAUUAUAGCCUUGAAUAAAAUUCAGAGAGCCAAGGAUUAUUUUGAUGCUUGCAAAGUCGGGAGAUCAGUAAUUGCUCGAUUGAAUGCUCAUAUUCAGUCGGCGAAAGUUGGAAAAGAAGUCAUGAAGCAAGCCAUGUUUGAAGUUACAAGCGGGCAUAAGACCAUCAACAACGAGGAUGUGCAACAUAAUAGCAAAUUAUUGGAAGCGGAAGAGAAUCACAUGAAUGAUGACAUGAGCGAGUCGGACUGCUUUGAAUCGUACUAUUGGGAGAUUGAGCACACUGUAGCAUACGUUGAAGAAGGCCAGCAAGAUGACACAGCAUUGGAUAGUGACAUUGAGGAUGGCGACAGUGAUGGCAAGGCAAGUGUGGAUGAAGAAGCAGAUAGUUACCAGGUCAAGGCAAGUGUCAACCGCCUUCUUGAAGAAGCACCAAAGGAACACUACAACAAAAAAACAUUCUUCACUCAGGUACAAGUUAAAUGGUACAAGCCUUUUUGCACUUUUUAUCCCACCAAGCCAAAGGCGACAAAAGAGAAGAAAAAGAAGACAAUUAUUGAAGAGGAUGAGUACGACAGCGGAAGGUUGGUGGACCGGGCCAUCGGACUGGCUCAAAAUUACAUUAACACGGCUGAAUGCUCCAUCACACCGGCACUCAAUGCCAAGAUGAAAGAAUACAAGAUUGCUGAUCAAUGGCGUCCACUAGAGCCUUUGAUGCGGUCUCAAGGUUGGGCAAGGCGACCCAUGAGCGGAGGACUGUACGGAAGGAACUACAUGAAUGAUAAAUUCAAAAAAAAUUGCUUUGUUCAAUUCAACCGUGGUAUUGUUAAUAAAGGGGAUAAACAGAGCCCAACCCAGACUCUUGCACUGAUGAAGGAAGAGCAUCAGGGCUUUUAUUGUUAUCCUGGACUUAAUGAAAUUGUUCGGAUGUUUUCCAGUUUGGUGCAGCAAUCAAAACAAAACGGCCACAAGAUCAUCUCAUUCCAGAAGAUCUCUGAACCAUUGGUUCCUCCAGAGAUCAAAGCGGAGUUGCAAUCGAUGCUUGAUGAAAAUCCUGAUUGGACCCCAGUACCAUUGCUAAAUGAAUGGAAAGAGAGAUUUUCAGGCAACAGAGUAUAUGAUGAAGAAAAGGUGAAAAAACAAGCCACACGUCUACGAGCGAAGCUGAUGAUUGAUUUGAAAAGGCAACUGAUGAGAAGCAUGGCUGGAUAG